UUCUAAAGUGUAUGUACACUUUAAUAAAGUAACAAAAAAUGGUACAAAGACGGCGUCAUUCCCAGUUGAGGCGUAUCGGGCAUUAAUGGAGCGUUCGAACGAUAUUUUAAAGGCGAUUGACGAUAUUGAGGCUGAACUGGAAGAAGAGCAUGAAAUGCUGUCACUAACGGAUGAGUCGAAGUUUAAUCUUCAACAGCAGCAGCAACUACAACAACUGCAACCACAGCAAGUGCAACCACAACAACAACCACAGCAAGUGCAACCACAACAACAACUACCACAGCAAGUGCAAGUGCAACCACAACAACAGCAACCACCGCAGCGGGAAAGGCAUGCAUUAACGACAAAUAGUCGUUUUCAGCCAUACUCUGGAACUGCAACCAGCAUACAGUUUGGCCUGGGGCGAGGAGCAGUGUUGGAUUCAACUAUCAGAACGCCUCAGAACAACAACAACAACAACAACAAAACACACCUGGAAGCACCAGAUACACGACAAUAUCACCGACACUAA